CCAGAGUGACGUCGCGCCUCGGGCAAGAUGGCGGCGCGCGGGCGCUGAGCGAUGGGUCCGUUGCCGCUGGGCCUGCGGCGCCUCCUGCUCCCGGGACCGGGGCUGGGGCUGGGCGCGGCCCCGCGCUGCGGCGGGAGCUCGGGGAGCGGCAAGGCGCCGCGCCGCACGCUGUAUGAGGUGCUGGACGUCCCGCCCACCGCCACGCCGGCUCAGAUCAAGGCGGCGUACUACCGGCAGUCCUUCCGCUUCCAUCCGGACCGCAACGCGGGCAGCGCGGCCGCCGCCGAGCGCUUUGCCGCCGUCAGCGAGGCCUACCGCGUGCUGGGCAGCGCCGCGCUGCGCCGCAAGUACGACCUCGGCGCCCUCAGCCGCGACGACGUGCGCGGCGCCCCCCGGCCCUCGAGCCGCGCUCCCGCCGCUCCGUCCCCCGCCCGCGCCGCCGCCGCCCGCCGCGGCCCCGUGCCGCCGCCCUUCGACUUCGACGCCUUCUACCGCGCGCACUACGGCGAGCAGCUGGAGCGGGAGCGGGCGCUGCGGGCGCGGCGGGAGCGGCUGCGCCUCUGCCGGGAAGAGGCCGCGGCCCAGGGCCGCCUACGGUUCCUGACGGACCUCACGGUUGGGCUGGUCUUCGUGCUGGGCUUCGCGAUGCUCUACGGCCUCAAGUAGCUGCGGGCCGGCGCGGUGCUGGCAGCCCUCUGGCUGUGUGGGACCUGUGUGGGGGCUCGGCAUUGCUUCUAUAGCUGUACGGCCCCACACUGCCACCACAUGCCUCGUUUGCCAGCAGACCCCACGCGAGGCGCCCGGCGGGGACACGGACCUUUGUGGCCCCUGACAUCUACUCCACUGGCACUGUGCUGUGACCCCGGUGGGAACCACAUCUCUGUUCUGCUGAGCCACGGUUUUACCUACAUGGUACUGCUGGCAGAGAGCGAAGCUUGCUGGAACACUGUGUUGCAACACCCGGAGUGCCAAGGACGACGUCUGCAGUACUUUGCGCUGUUUGCUGGGCUGGACUGUGCCAAAGCCGUGCUGUCCCCUCACUGCUGUGACGCAGGGUUGUGAUUUCUCCCAUUACAAACAAAAGCAAACACCUCGUGUUUUUCAGCGAUGGAGUUCUGUGAUUAGAGUUGUGAUACUGUUGAUACUGUGCUGAUACUCUGUGAUACUGAGCUGAGCCCGAGGCAGCGGCAGGGCAGAGUGCAGUGUACUGGUAGGUGGUACGUGCUGCUACAGGAGAGUCUCCUGUCUCUUCUGGAAAGAACUGUACCACUCUUAACUGCAGAGGCUGCUGUGUGUUUGGUCAAAUUCAGCGCAGGAAAAGAGAGCUUUCCAGGAUCCUCUGUUGUUGUGAUUAUAGUCCUGAAACAUUAGCAUGUGGAGAGCAGGGGGAGCCUGGCAUUCAAGGGCACUGGUUGUAGAGUGGAAGCGUCUAAAGCUGUUGCUCUGUGCCAGCACAGCCAUGCACUUCUGUGCAGUGAGCCUCAUCCCCUACUGCCCCCAGAGGCGACUUCGCAGGAAGAGCUUGGCCAGCAGCAAUUCUCUCACAGGCUGGAAGAGCUCUGCACAGCCAUGGAAGCAGCGGGUGCUACAAGGAGCAUCUCUUUGGUUCCUGGUGUAGUGAUUUGCCAGUUUUUAAGGCUGUCCUGCCAAACGCACAUUGUCUUUGGGUUGGUCCCUUCGUGUAUGGUGCUCGGGCUUCCAGGCAGGGAGUGGGUUGGGUGUAGUGCAGCAUGGAGCAGGAGGAGCUGAGCGCUGUGCUGCUGGCACUGCUCUGGUCCCUGGCACUGGACAGGGAAGCACUCCUGUGAGACGUCUGGCUCUCCUGAUCUGUGCUUGUGUCUGAAAUCAAGGCACUAAAGCUGGGCUCAUCAAUGUGCCUUACCGUGGUGGUGAGGGCAGUUCAUAUUGCUGGUUCUUCCUGUUCCUCUUCAGGUCUCCGUGACACAUCCUGAACAUUAAAAUUAUCCAUCCAUAAACUAA